AUGUCUCCGCGUCGAAGUAGCGCCAUUGGCAUCCCCAAAGCUACAGAAACAGAGUGCACUAUGACGUCAAGUCUGAAGGGUGUGCAGUACGCGUCAGCGGGAGACCGUGAUCGGAUUCGCGAUUCGCUUCGCUUACAGCUUAGCAUCCGCGACAAGCCUGUGACCAACAGCCCACACCUGAAUCGUGUCGCAGCGCUGAAUGAUGCAGCGUCCCGCGUUGCGACAACAUCCGCAGACGCUGCGCGGCUAGAGGAACUGAUGCUCUUGGAAGCUAUCCGGCGGUCGAUGCAAGAUAUUAGCGUAAAAAAACGACGAGGAACGAGGGAAUUGGCAGAAUGUUCAGCUACCUAA